AUGUUCUCCUCCCUACUGCGACACCCCAGGGCUGGUCCCCGUCGAAUCGAUCGCCGCCGAAACACAAGUUUCUCUCCUUCUCCCGGUCCUGCUCGGCGGCGUUAUACUCUUGAACGACACGCAACGGCUGAUUUUACAGAAGCCGACGACGACGAUGGUGAUGAUACUCAUGACGAGGGGUUGAGCCGGUUUCGGAGUAAUGACCGCCGUACGAAUAAUGAUGGAGAUGAAGAGGACGAUGAAGAUGACGAAGGAGAGGAAGAAGACAGGCCUGGCGAAGACGGACGACGCGGCGGCCUUCCUGUUCUUCCUCUGUUCUCGGCAUCUCAUUUAGAUUCUUUGCCAGUAUACAGCAUAACACACGCCAUCCGAAUUAUCGUAUCGACACGCACCGAAACGACUCUAUCAUGGGAUCAACUUCGAUCACCUCAGGUUUCUCAAUUCCUUGUCAAGCCUAUGCAACAACAGAUUCGUGCCCAGCAUUUCAGCCGCGCAACUCUAUAUGCUCUCAUGAUCAACUGUCUUCAAUUCAGCAAAGAGGGUGAACGCUACCCGGGCAAUGCAGGAAUUAGUAGCACUCGUGCCAAGGUUUGCGAAUUGCUGACUCUCAAGCUACUUAAAGAGUACAAUGUCCGCGAGUUGAUCGAUGCCCUUGCCUAUGACUUUUACCCACUUCAAGGCCUCCCCGGAUCUCAGGCACCUACAUCUCCCCGAAAAUCACCACCGGCCAACAAGUCGCCCUUGAUUGCGUCCCGAACGUCAACUCUCGAGGUCGCCAUUCGAGCCUCAGCCAAGCACUUACUUGCGCACCCCCUUGUCGUCCAACAGCUUGAAGCUAUCUGGAGCGGUGCGAUUACUUUCCACUCGUCUGCUGAUAGCUUACAUCGAGAAGCUCCACCAACCGCAGGCCUUAACUCGAAUGGGUAUAUUGGGAAAGCGAACGAUAGAACUCCCCUGCUUGGUGCAAUUGCUCAGAAAGAAACGCAUUUCACCCCACCAGGGCGUCGUACGGCGUCGCUCUACGAUCCUCGGCAAGCGUCUCUCCUCAAACUCUCUCGCCUUCGGGUUCCUCGAUACAGAUCUUUUCUUUCGACAAUAUCUCUCGCUGUUCUGAUCGGAUUGUUUCUUGCUGUUCUCGCCGAACGUUCGGUUCAAAUCACAGGUCUGGAACUGAUUUUUUGGUUCUGGAGUGCUGGCUUCAUGCUUGACGAGCUCGUUGGAUUCAACGAGCAGGGGUUCGCGCUGUACAUCUUGAACGUGUGGAAUGUUUUUGACCUUGGAAUAUUGCUGUUGCUCAUUGUAUACUACUGCAUGCGAGCGUAUGGCGUUUUCCUGGCCGACUCUCACCACAUCUACGACAAUGCUUAUGAUAUACUGGCGGCCAAUGCAAUUCUGCUCCUCCCGCGUAUUUUCAGCAUCUUGGAUCACUACCAAUACUUCUCGCAGCUUCUUAUUGCAUUUCGUCUUAUGGCUGUGGACUUGGUGGCCGUUUUCACGUUGAUAUUGGUACUCUGUAGCGGGUUCUUCGUGUUUUUCUCUUUGACGAAGAACUCGUUCGGUGCGAGUGAUGUUGCCUACAAGAUCUUCCAGAUCCUGAUGGGAUUCACUCCUGCAGCAUGGGAAGUAUGGGAUGCGUACAAUUGGUUAGGACGAGCUUUGUUGGUUCUCUUCCUGAGUAUUUGUCAUUUCCUUGUUGUGACAAUCCUCAUUACCGUUCUCACGAAUUCUUUCAUGGCUAUUGCGUCCAAUGCCAAUGAAGAGCACCAGUAUUUGUUCGCCAUCAACACCAUAUCUAUGGUGAAGAAUGACGCAUUGUUCUCGUAUAUUGCUCCCAGCAAUAUUUUCGCAUGGCUUCUUAUGCCUCUACGAUAUUGCAUGCCGUUGAGAACCUUCGUGUGGCUGAACAGGACUGUCAUCAAAGUCACACAUUUUCCCGUACUGUUCUGCAUCUACCUAUACGAGAGAUACUGGCUUGCCCCGUCUAUGUACGAGCCAACUGACUUGGUGGAACACCCAAUUCGUGAGCGAAGUCGACACAUCUCUUUCAUGGAUCCUGUAAGCAGAGCAGCCAUUUUUAGUCCAAGCAUUAGGGUUCGCGAAGAAUCCGUGGCUGGCUUUCAAAAGGACCGGGCCCUCGAGGAGGUGUUCCGGCGCUUACCUGAUCCUUUAACAUUGAGGACGCAAAGACGUCAAGAGAGGCGGAAGACGCAGACAGCGAUUCGUAACUGGAUGGAUCAACACGACGAUAACGAUGCAUCGCCAGGGAACUGGCAAACGCCUGAUGGUGCUAUGCCUCCUUGGCAACGAAGAUCCAGCGUCGGUCUUGCUCGUACUACUAAUCUUAGGCGUGUUUCGGACGUUAGAUCGACAGCGAGUGAUCCUGCUGAUAGGAUCUCUAACGUGGGAAACCCCCUCCGACCGUCACAUUUCUCCAGGACUCGUCUGACUGGGGAUUUAUCCGAAUACAAAGACCAGACUGAUGCUGAUGGAGAUGACGAAUUGGUGACAAAUGAUGAGGAUGAGGAUGAUCAUGUUACCAAUGCUGGACAGAGUCAAGCCGCUAGAAGCCAUGCAAUUCACGAGGAGGCGGAAAGCUACUUUGCACCGAAUGCCAAUAACUUCGGGAAGCUGGCAUCCUCUGUGAGUUCUUCUGGAAAGAGGAGUUCUUCUGGCAAGAAUGUGUCUCAGACACCCCGACCCAAACGAGGUGCACACAACCGAACACUUUCUACAAACACGAUACUCUUCAACCCUCAGGAUGUCAAGCAAAUGCAGAGGGCGUCAUCGAUAUCGCCACCUCUGCCUGGCCAGUCACGUCCACGAACUAGUGGGCGUAUAACCACUGGUGAAAAGACACCAAGACGCAGUUCACCUCGCCGCUCUAUGUACGUCGCCAACACGAAACCUCGACCAGUGAUGCCACCACGAGGUAUGACUGAGGCUGGUGCUGUCAGUCGAUCAGCCCUUCUCAGCAUUGAGCCACGAAAUCGUCCUAAGGACAUUAGAAGGUUGUCCUCGGUUGACCUGAGUGCGAUGUCUGAUCAAGUUGUGGGAGACCAUAUUGGUGCGAUGCCUGGCAGUUUCCAGACACAACUUGCAACUUUCAUGAAGGAUAAUCGGUUGCGUGCAGGCGGUGGUAACGACUCCGGCGACCGCGACAGAAUGGGAAGGCUGGUGUUGGCUAGAAUGAAGACACUGGAGGAGAGCUUUGCGGAUGUGAUCAAGGAGAUGCGGGAUCUGAAGAAUUCUUCAACGGUCCCUACAACGCGGCGUAACUCGGGAGAUGAGGCAAUCAUGGCGCCAAUGAUCGAGGUGGCUGGACGAGACCGCUUAAGGAAGUACCAUAUCGACAACAGUCAACGCAAAGUAGCGUCUAAGCGACCCGUCAGCCGAAGAAGCCUUAAGGAGGAGAAACCUGGCAUGUGGGAUUACAAGGGCAAGGGCAAGGAGGUAGUAUACGAGUCCGACGAUGAGGCAGAGACUGAUGACAGUCUGUUCAAGAAGGGGGGCUCAUUGUAA